CAACCCUUUCAGCUUUGUCAAAAUGUUCGCCAACACCCUCCGAAGCACACUUCGAGCUGCCUCCCGCUCUUCCGUACGAGCCCUUUCCACUGCGCCCGCUAAGGCGGCAGUGUCCAAUGGACUCACCCUUGGUUUGGCUGGUGCCGUAGUAGGCUCUUACGCUGUAUACCAAGUGAGCAUGAACAAACCCGUGUUACUCGAAGGGGCCAAGACUAUUGCCGGGGAGAAGGGUACUGUAUCUGAGAGGUCGUUCAUCAUGAUCAAACCAGACGGUGUCUCUCGUCAACUCGUCGGAAAGAUCGUGUCACGUUUCGAAGAACGCGGCUACAAGCUUGUAGCAAUCAAGUCUCUAACUCCAUCUCCCGCAUUGGCACAAGAACAUUAUUCCGAUCUGUCUUCCCGUCCUUUCUUCGGGGGAUUGGUCAAGUACAUCACGUCUGGGACACCUGUGGUUGCCAUGGUAUGGGAAGGCAAAGAUGUCAUUCGUCAAGGGCGUAGGAUCGUAGGUGCCACCAACCCCUUGGAAAGUGAUCCGGGUAGCGUCAGGGGCCAGUAUGCCGUUUCAGUCGGACGUAACCUCAUUCACGCUUCCGACUCGUUCGAUGCCGCCACCAAAGAGAUCGGUCUUUGGUUCGCCGAAACCGAAUUGAGUCAAUACGAGCCCACUACCUGGAAUUGGGUCAUGGCAGAUAACUAGAAGUCCUUCUCACCAUCUUGAAGUGUUCUCUUCAAUAUCGUGAUUGCUCUGCGUCUGAUUUUGCACAUCUGAUCGACAUAAAGCUUGAAGGAGACAGUAGAAAGCAUGAAGAGAUAUGUCUUCCCUUGAACACAAUUCCACACACAGAGUCAGAGAUGCUAAGAGACGAUGGUGUGCAAAUGAAAUAGCAUGACAUACUUUUG